ACUAUUAAAAAAACCAAGAUGGCGGACAGAGAGGUACAGUUGAGGGAACUUCAAAUAAGUGAAAGAAAAUUACGUUUCUUGGAAUGGCCUUCCACAGAUUCAGCUGAUUCAAACUUGCGAACAUCACAGGAUAGUAUUCCUCUGUUUUUAGGAGCUGACGUCUUGUCUGGGUGUUCCAUUGCUGUUUCUAACUUGCCAAGAAUGCAUGCGAAAUUCUCCAAGCAGGGUCUUGCCGUUAAGGUUAACUUUCCCACCCCUAUGCGACUACAAGGUGUCCAUGGUUCGGCCAGGGGUGUGUGGUUCUACUCCAUUCAAGGACUGUUUAGAGUGUGUUUCGAGUAUUACACCCGCGAAGAGCAACUGGAAUGCCUUACACAGCUUUGUGCCACGUGGAAGCUAAGAUUUUCAGACCCGCCCCUACAACGAGAAAUUGACCUUGCCUUUCAGAGUCGUCCUUCCCGAUGCGUGACAGCUCGUAGAUUGCCAGAAGAAACAAGUUCAACAGAAGUAAUCGACUCGAAUGACAACUCCGACUUGUCAGAAAGUCCGAGCACUCAAACUGUGGAAAAUGCUACUCUUUAUUCCAACUUAAGCCUAGUUCCUUCAAGUACAGGACUGGACAUUGAUUUUACAAUACCUAAAGUAAAGCAAUGUAUCAAAGAAAUAGCGAGACUAUCAAAAAAUGAAGAACAAUGUGAACUUGAUGAUCUUUUAGUGUCCACAAUGAGAAUUUUUAAAGAGUUUGAACUUCAAAAGUCACAGAAAAAAAAUGGAUGGUCAAGAAUACUUGUGUCAAUCAGCAAGUACCUUGGUGACGAAUUUAACAAACUGCAGCCUGGAAUCGGCGAAAGAGUAACUGAUUUUAAGAAGAAACACAUCACUUCAAUUGACAACCUCCCUCCAUCAUCAGUCCUUGUUAAAGAACUUUUCCCUGAGUGCAUGAUGGUUUUACUAUCAAGUUGGAUGGGAAACGAGGACAGACAGGAUCUUAACAGCAUUAUACAAGUCAUCCUUGAACUAGUCAAUACAAGCCUUGUAUCAGGCGUAGCUCAUGUACUGUAUUCUAGGCUGAUAAGAACUGAUACAGUUUAGAAUGUAAGCACUUCCUCUUCAACUCUUGAAACACUGAGCAAGAAGCCAUUUUGAUUUUUAAUGUUUUUGGCUACUUGAACUUUUGGCUUAUGGUAUUGGUAUGGCUUGUUUCAGGGUGCUGGAGUCGAAAUCUAUUAGCCCUAUGUUCAAAUUCUCCAUCCAAUCAAUAGCUUGACUUGGUCGUCCAGAGUUCAACUCCACUUUGCAUCAAAACAACCAACUGGUCAGCCUCCCACCAGCUGGGAUUCUUGGCAAGUUGCUGUUCUAUUUGCAAUGUUAUUUUGUUUGUGUAUUCUUUGCACAGCAGUGCUAAAUACUCUGACACUUAAACCAGUAAAUGAAAUCUCUUUUUUUCUCACUCAGGGAUGAAGUAAGCCAGAGGAGCUGCCAAAGGCACCAUUAAGGUGUCUGAACACAGUUUUUGAUACCUGUGUUUCAUUCACCUUUUUCUCUAAAACCCUUGAUCCCUCGGUCAUCAAA